GAAAACAACGUAAGGAAACAAAAAGCACCUCCUCCGACUUUAAAGGCUUAAAGCUAAAAACCUACGUCCAGAUUCUCUUGUCCAUCAUCUUCCUCACAUCCUCCAUUUCUAUAAUCCAAUUCCUUCCUCCGAUCACAAUCCCUCCGGCUCUCAUUUCCUUCCCUUACAACAUCCAUUAAUUUAGGCCACCAUUACAUCUCAGAACAGCUCGAAACUCGAUCAUUGUAACACCAAUCCAUUCAGCUUUUGAUCAAAAAAAAAAAAAAAAAAACAGAAGCCAUCAACAAUGUCGUCGGACCCGAAACCAGCAACAAUGUCGACGAGCCGGGUCUUCACCGUGGGGUUGAUAUCGGCAUGGUACUCAUCCAAUAUAGGAGUUCUGCUAUUGAACAAGUUCCUCCUAACCAAUUACGGGUUCAAGUACCCGAUCUUCCUGACCCUCUGCCACAUGCUGGCUUGCUCUUUCUUAAGCUACGUUGCCAUUUCAUGGCUCAAGGUGGUUCCCAUGCAGAGCAUCAGGUCAAGGGUUCAGUUCGUCAAGAUAUCGUCGCUCGGUUUCAUCUUCUGUUUGUCGGUCGUCGGCGGGAACAUCUCGCUCCGGUAUCUGGCGGUGUCGUUCAACCAGGCGGUGGGCGCCACGACGCCGUUUUUCACGGCGGUUUUUGCGUACUUGAUGACUCUGAAGAAGGAAGGCUGGCUCACGUACCUUACUCUUGUACCUGUCGUCACCGGCGUUAUUAUUGCCAGCGGGGGAGAGCCAAGUUUUCAUCUCUUUGGAUUUAUAAUGUGCAUUGCUGCAACAGCAGCACGGGCGCUCAAGUCAGUUCUUCAAGGGAUAUUACUGUCUUCUGAAGCGGAAAAGCUAAAUUCUAUGAACCUCCUCAUGUACAUGGGACCUGUUGCUUGUGUAAUUCUUCUGCCUGCGGCACUUUGGAUGGAACAAGAUGUGGUUGGGAUAACCAUUGCUCUUGCAAGAGAUGAUGUGAGAAUCAUAUGGUAUCUAGUAUUCAAUUCUGCCCUUGCAUACUUUGUGAAUUUGACCAACUUCUUGGUAACCAAACACACAAGUCCCCUGACUCUCCAGGUUUUGGGAAAUGCAAAAGGAGCUGUUGCUGUGGUUGUUUCAAUUUUGAUAUUCAGAAAUCCAGUAUCAGUAACUGGGAUGCUGGGUUACGGUCUCACAGUAACAGGAGUAAUCCUAUACAGUGAAGCCAAGAAAAGGGGUAGAUAAGUCAUGGCUCAGGUCGUGAACCUAAAGUACUAAUGAAAAUGUAAACAGCCCACAGUUUUUAUGCGGUAGAUUUUUUAAGUUGCACCGUCUUAAAGUUUUUAGCAAAAGAGGAAGAUAGCUUGGGGACAACUGUAUUAACUGCUCUGUAUCCUGAGCCUCCCUUCAUGUGCUAGCUCAAUUUUUUCUGUUCGUUUAGUCUUUCUUUCAAACAGAAACAUUUGGACGUUUCAGUUUCUGUACAAUACAAUUUUGUUAUAGUACUGAAAUAUUAUUGAUUUA